UUGUCUUUCUUUUGAAACUUUCUCAUUUACUCCUUUCAUGAAAAUCUGGUAAAAUCGUCAACAAAAUUCACAGAAGAAUUAUGGCUUUUUCAUGGCGUUGCAGUGAAUCUCAACGCUUCAGCAAAGUAGCCUGUAACAUUGCCCUCGUUGGGCUUGUGGGAGGCCUAUCAACAGUCUUUCUAAUAUGUAUAAUUUCAUUCAGCAACUACGUCGACUCAAAAACUGGCCCACAAACAGAGCCUCUUCUCCUCUAUUUGGAUUCAUUCUCUGUCUCAAACUUCCAUAUUUUCAGGUCGUCUUUUUCGGCCCAAUGGCAGGCCCAAUUAACAUUCCAGAACCGAAACGACAACUUGAAAAUCGUUUUUCGUGGUUUCAAGAUAUUCGUGCACCGCAAAGACAGCGAAGCUCUAACGUGCGCCGUGGUGGAGGAUAUGGAGAUCGAUUCGAAGAAACAUAAAACGGUGCGUAUCGGGUUUGAUACUAGAAGAUCGUGUGGUUUAGAGAACGCUGUGAAUCAGAAUGAGGUAGUGAAAGAGUUGGAGGAAGAUGUUAAGAGCAGUUCACUUGGUUUCAGUUUGAGGAUGAAGAUACCUGCGUUUUAUCGUAUGAGGUUGCUUGGACUUGGAACGACUGUCGUUUUGAGUCCUUUUUGUCCUGAUUUGAAAGUUGUGUUUGUGGCUGUCAAAGGCGUAGGGAACAUGGUUGGCGGCAGGAAUUGCUCAAUUCCUGCGCCUAAGCUAUAGAUUUAGCAAUUUUAUUUUAUUAAAGAUUAAAUUUUAUCAACAAA